AUGAAAAACACUUGGUCGUCACUCCUAUUCAUCUCUCUCUUGUCCUGCUCAGUGGAUGGAGAAUCACAGUCUGGGUUGAUUGAGAAACAAAUCUUGACCAAGGAAUCUAAGCCAUUGGAAUGUGGUUUGUAUCUGGCCCCAUCUACAAUCCCGGGCGCCGGGCUCGGUCUGUUUGUUGGCCAUCAGGCUUGGGAAGAAGGGACCAAGGCUGGCUACGGUGACAUCUGCAUCCCUAUUGUCAACCCACAUUUGCAUCGCAAUUAUUCCAAGCCAUUCUUUCAUCCCCUUGGGGACUACACAUGGAGCCAUAUUGACGUCGGUAUGACUUUAGAAGCCUAUCCGGCGCUCCAUCUCGAAGCGUUCUGUCCCGGCAUUGACGCCUUGGUCAAUUCGCACCAGUUCGUCCUGAACUUGGGCUCGCCGAAUAAAAGUCACGUGGCGCAGUACCUUCCCGCAGGGAUAUUUCGCACCAGCCCGAACGCUGGUGCUGUUUCACCCUACCGUAACUCCACCACCCGGGUAUCCCGACGCAUUCCACCUGGUGGAGAGCUGUUCAAGUCCUACGGACCCACUUGGUUCCCGAGCCGCGCCAAGGCUUUGGGCGAUUCCUUUGCUUUUCCAGAAGACUUUAGACGUGGGCAAGCAUUGUUAAAUAGAAUGGCCCCCCUCGUAGAUCGGAUAAGCUCCACAGUCUCGGUGUCACCACUUUUUACAGACUUGUUCGACAUAGUGCAGGCAGUAACAGGUACUUUUCAGUCGCGCAUUCUUAAAACGCUACCACGAGAGCCUCAACAUGCGCAUGAUGCGGGUGAUGACGAAUCUGGUCUUCUUCGAUUUCACGAGGAUAUGUCGCGGCAUUCUUUGGAAUAUCUCACUUCUUACGGACAGUGUGUGGAUCAUGUCAGACCGGUGCCGUUGUCCCCUAAACAUCCCGAAGCGGGGCAAGGAGCUGUCGCAGCUCGCGAUCUCCCACAGGGAACCAUCGUAUCAACGUCUCCAUUACACGUUUUUCCGGACUUGGACUACUUUAACAUGUACGUACUCAAACAAAAUGACAAGGGUACAUGGGAACGCGAAAGCGAUCACGUACAUACCAAGCAACUGCUGCUCAACUAUUGCUUCGGCCAUCCCAACACCACUAUGACCUUGUGUCCAUAUGGUCCGGGAGUUAACUACAUCAAUCAUGAUCGCAAUCCCAAUGUCCGCAUUCGCUGGUCUCUCAACCCAUGGCACAACGCUACAGCGGUUGCCGAGCGAACAGUAGAAAACUCGUUCGACUUCCAAUUGAAGCUGGCAUUUGACUACGUUGCGCUACGAAAUAUUUCUGAGGGCGAAGAAAUUCUAUUGGAUUACGGAGAUGCCUGGGAGACAGCCUGGCAAGAGCAUAAAAGAACAUACCAACCGAUUGAUGGGAAAAUCAUCCAGCCCGACUAUGUUUACAAUCAUCAGCUUCACAUUCCCCUUCGUACACGAUCCGAACAGGAGUUUGAUCCUUAUCCGGAGCAUCUCCACACACGCUGCCAUGUAGCUUUGCUUCAGCCGACAUAUCGACAAAGUCAAUACAAUUGGUUGGAAACACCCGAGUCUCCUUUGUUAGUAAACUACGGACUACCGUGCCAUGUGCUUCAGCGAUACGCUUCCGAGAUGGAUCCUAGUGAAUACGCUUACACGGUAGAGUUGGAUUUGGAGAUACUUUCGGACGAGCACAAGGCUGACCUUUCAAUUCCGAAAAAUGAUCUCGUUCUGGAACGACACCAAGUUCCGCGACGAGGUGUAGCCCAGUUUACUCGGCCUAACUUGUCCGACAUGCAUUUGUCGAACACGUUUCGCCAUUCAAUCGGUUUGCCGGACAGCGUCUUGCCUCUACAAUGGAAAAAUGCAAUCUAAAUUUUUUUAUAGUAUCACCAUAGACACAAGCUGCUGU